UAGAGGGGAAGGACGACGCGGAUCAUUUGGCCGUGACGGAAGGCCGGACGUAAAGCGGAAUCGAUGACCUUUGCUACAUUAAUGUAUAUAAGACGCUACUCGGUUGUAGCAAGUUGUACCAGUGAUUGUUCUCCAACUGUCCACUCUGGAACUCUUUUACAAACUGUUAGAAUUGAACCAAGAUCGUCACCAUGAAGACGUUGUUGCUGGUUGUGUCGUUGGUAAUAUCAUCAGCCAGAUCUCACUACAACUAUAACCAUGCAGACAACAGGAAUAACGAAGCAGACUACAAUAAUCAGCCAAUAAGGAAACCGACGUAUCAUCACUAUCCGAUGACAUUCUUUUCCCAGCAAUCCGCUUAUUCUUAUCAAACGACCAGCAAGCCCUAUUAUGCCACUACUUCAUCAUUAGCAGUGAGCGGUCCUACUCCGUACUGGUACCGUCCCUCGCUGUACGUUCGUCCUGGUGUAGUUUACGAGUAUCAAUUCCAUGGUCCUCCUCAACCAAUUAUUCAGGAUCGCUAUUCUAAAGUCAUUUCACCAUUGACCUUAUCAGCUGAGCUGGCAGAACCUAUUGAAGAAGAGGCAUCAGCAGUAACAAUUGAAAGUGAUGACACUAGUACUGAUGCCACGACCGAUCUAUUUGACGACGAAGAAUUGACUCACCAAUCGACUACACCAGCUGAAGAAAUCACAACGCCAUUGGAACAAGUGGAUGAAUUAAUAAAAGUGGAAGCCACAACUAUUCCGGAUGACAUCACCACCACCCAGCAGCCGGACACUUUAACCACUGAAUCGUCAAUCACUUUUGAGCGUCACCAAUCCAUCAUUCCUUUUUAUUUGAGACCUUCUUCAUGGCGAGCGCGAUCCUUUGGCCCCGAUCCUCGUUAUUACCAACCGAAUCAUUAUUAUGGGCCGGAAGAAGCUAGAGACUUGCCUAGCAUUUAAUCUUGUAUAAUGUAUUUGUGUUGGAAGUUAUCGAAUCAUGCCCUUGGCUAAUGCUGUUUAGCAAUGAUCGCGAUCAGCUGAUUGUUCUUGGACUCUUCUUGUGUUUCUUGGCUGUCAGAGUAAAGGUAUAAUAAAUUUCACUGCUCAUAUUCUUGGUAUAGUUUCUUGUAUAUGUGGGUGAGUAUACUUUUACUUUCAACCAUUUUGUCUGACCAUACGAUAUUCUAAAAGAGUGA